CAAGCAUCAUCUUCUUCGGCGCCACAGCUACGGACGGAGUUGGAGAGCGGGGACAGGGAGGAAAGGAGUUCAUCGCAUCCAGAGCAGCAACUGUUGAACAGAACCACGAGGAAAGGGAGGCCGCCAUCCCUCGCUCCGUUGCGGGUGUAGGCGACGACGCGACCACGAAGAAGAGUGGGGAGCCACCAUCGUUGCGAGGAGAUGAUGCUUCAGCAGCAUCCGCACCAGCACCAGCAUCCGGGCGAUGGCGGGGGGGCGGGAGGCGGCAUGGAGGGGUUGGGAGCCUGCGACGACCGCCAUGUGGUGGUCGGCAGGAUGGACCUGGCGCCGCAGGUGCAGGGGCUGAGAAUGCUGGACGAGCAGCAGGAGCACGAGCAGCAGCAGCGGAUUUUGUACGGGGAGAAGGGGCUCGGGGACCACGAGCAUGACGACAUGGGCAAGGGCCAGCACCCGGGGCACGUCGUGAUGUAUGGCGACCGCGGACAUGAGAAUGGACAUGACCACGCGCAUGCGUACGGGGUGGAAAUGGGAAACGGGAAGCACGGCGUCGUGGAUGAUAUGGACGCCAAGCUUGGGGGAUUGAGCGCGGUCAUGCUCCGCGUGGAUGGUAAGAUGGAGGGCCGCGACCGGCAGAUGAGUGAGGGCGAUGUCGGGACCGCGAAUAGCCCGCAGAUGGGCUCGCAGGUGGCAAAGCUGCGGGGUCGGUCGUCUCGCGACCCCGCGAUUGAGUGGAGCGAGCACGCCACCACAGUGCUGUUACAGGCUUUCGGGGAGAAGUACCGCGCACUUGAUCGCGGAAAUUUCACGAGCAAGAUAUGGGCUGACAUUGCGGCCAGGGUGAACAGCCGCGGCUCACUGACGGGUAAUAUAGUGGACGGAAUACCGAAGACGCAGGAGCAGUGUCGCAUUAAGGUUGAUAAUCUAAAAAAACGGUAUAAAGUGGAGAGGGAGAAAAAACGUGUGUCGGGGUCUGGGACGUCGAAAUGGAUAUUUUAUGAUAUGAUGGAUGAGUUGAUUGGUGCAAACCCGAGACACAUGCGCAGCGGGGGUGGGAUGGGAGGCGAAGAUUCUCCAUUGGGCUUGGAGGGUGGUGGCACUCCUUUAGGUAUCCGAUCGUCUGGGGAGGAAGGGGACAGGAUGUACUACUUGGAGAGUGCAGGUGGAGAUGGUGAUCAAACAUCAGAAACGAUCCCCAAGAUUUCGCCGAUUCAAGGACGAAGGAAAAGGAAAAGGGCCUUGGAAGACUUGGAACGAGAGCACGUGAAUGCCCCAGCUCUGAUGGCCCUGUUCGAGGGUUACAAUGUUCCACCAGCCAUCAUUGAUGCCAUGCUGCAGGAAGACAUGGAUGAGUACACUUUGAUUAACUCUAGAGAUAUCACGGUGCUACUUGACCAACUACGAUCCAAGCACCGGCUGCACAUCAAGCUGGGACCCGCGGAAAGGAUCAAACAAGCCAUCGAGGCUGCAAAAGAGAAAAAAAGUAGCUUGGCUCUCGUUAUCCAGCAGCAGCAGCAGCAGCAGCAGCAGCAAUGAGUUGAGACGAAAUAAACGUCGCGAAUAAGAGGGGGAUGAAAAUCCAUACGGUGAGAUGAUGUGACGGUAGGAUGAUGUUUAUGUUGCUGGGCGUUGACUCAGGCAGAGACGUGAUAUUCCAGAGGACGUUUCUUACGGAGUGGAUAUGCGUAGAAGCUGCUAUUAAGGGGACGCAAUAUGGUCGGGCGCAAAUGAGCAGUGUGGGUGGCAGGAGAGUAUGAACGUGUGAAGUUCAGGUUUAUGAAAUCAAGUAGGCGUUCAUGGGCAUGGAUGGAUGGACUAGAAUUGGCGAUGGAUAAUCAGACAAGGGGAGGCAAAUCCCCAAGAGCGUACGCUGACGAUACUUGUGGCGUUGUUGCAAUUUAUUGUCGAUGUACGUGGGUUGGAUUGGUGGAUGGGAGUCGAUCCGUGCUUAAUCACCUGAAGUUUCGAGCGUAGUAUGAUUACUGAAGGGUUUCUUUUUUCUUUUUCUUUUUCUUUUUCCUUUUUUCCAAUAUCCUCCCUCCUCUUUUUCAUUUCUAUUUUCGGGAUUAGAUUAACUAUUUUAUCUUUAUUCCUAUCCUUCUUUUCUUUUCUCCUCUUCGUCUCCUCCUCCUCUUCUUUCUUCCUUCAUCUCUUCUUUUUCCGAGUUUAUUUUAGUUUGUAAAGGAAGCUGACUUGUUUUUGGCGAGUUCAGCAGUAUGUACCAUUCUUGGUUGUACCAUUGAACUCUUUCUGUCUUAUGUGUGAGGUGGAAGGAAGUCUGGCCAUGCUUUUUUCAUGUACAGGUGGAAACGAUCGCGGGGGCCUGCAGUAGGAGAGAGUAUGCAAGGAUGCUGAAAGUACUUGAUGGCGCUCAGUUGUAUCCUAUGAGUAGUUUUGAGGCCUUGAUCCUGUCCUGAGUAGAUGAUGUUUCACUUAACAUCCUGUUGCUGCUUGGGAGCGUGUGGAACAGCCAUCGGUGGCUUUAGAUGGGAGUUUUUUCACGUCGUAGCUAAGUUAUUUUCAUUUUUCCCCAACAUGUUAUGGAUAGAACAAUGGUAGCGGAACUCCCAUCACCAACGAUGCUCAAGGUACAUUGCGUUAUCUUCACGUGGUCCAGUUAUAGCAGCAGAACGUAGAAGGGUAUUGAGGUUCGUGUGUAGAUAUGUUGGAGCAAGUCUGGCGGACACUGCUGAUCUAUAGAGGAGUGUGUUCGUGAUGUAUUCAGGAUCAAUGAGAUAUGUGUGUCAGGUUGCAGAGGUCUGAGGCUGGGCAGUAGUAGCGUUGAGGUAAUGAUCUCAGAUAAUGCAGUUGCCGAUCCAGCCACAAGUAAGAAUCUGGUUGUUCGCAUCACGCACCCAGUUCCCCUAAUGAGCUAGCUUGUGUGACCGAAAUUUCGAAGAGUUUCGUAUAUGCUGCAUAGGAGGAUUGUGUUUGCGUUAUAUAGAACUAUGAUGCUGCAGUUAGGUCGGGCAAGUUUUGGAUCAGUUUGGGCUCUGGCAUUGUUAGGUUUGAUCUCUCACAGAUUAAUCAAGAGGAUUACUGAUAGAAAUUGAGAUGCACCAUUCGUUAUGUUCAAUAGAAACAAAGAGAAUGUUUCCACCUCC